AUGCUGCUCCGGCAUUCAGAUCGGAUCAAUAUCGCGUUUGCAGAUGCGGCAUCAUUAGGCUGGCCAGACCCCAAGGGACAGCCUGCAAGCUCAACCAACGCACCUUCCGCAGCCGCGACAUCAUCUCGACAAGGACGAGCGGCUUUCAACUCUCCGAGGCUCGGGGACGGACGUGCCGGCGGCGCGCAGGUCUCUCGAGGAUUUCCAGCUGGUUUCAUCCAGCAGCGUGGCUUGGAACUACCUGUGAAAGGGCACAAUUUGUCCCAUAAUCCCCGAGAAGACCGUGAAGCAAGGCUCAAGGGCCUCCGCGAAGGAGACCGCUCCGCUGGCAAGCGUCCUGGAGGAGCAAGGUUUUCAGCUCUCCAGCUUCGCACGACCGCAAGCGUUCCGAGGGUGAACGUGGCGCCUGUUCAGUUCAAAGACAUCGGUGAAGCAGCUCGGAGUAGGAUUGCGAAAAUGCUAGGUGUCGCGGCUCCUGGUGCGCCAAUCAUGCACGAGAACCCAAACCUGCGAGUUGGAGAUUUCGUGGUCAUGGCGACUUACGUUGUGCCCAAGGGCCCCGACUCGCUUUUCAAGGCCCUUUCCUACGCUUUUGUCGGCUUCACCAGUGCUUCCAAUGCUGUCGCCGACGCCCUCUUGCAGGAGGUAGAGGCCGAGGGAGCACCGGGGCCUGAGCUUCUCCAGGGGAUGUCUUCUCAGCAGCUUCUACAGACCGCGUCUGAUGUAUUUGAUCUCAACGUUGUUGUUUUCGGAACCCCCCCUCGUCCGCCCGUCCACGUGUACGAGCCCUCCUUACAGUCAGGAAUCUUCUACGGUCCGAGUGUCUUCCUUUUCGAGGAUGCUGAUGGAGACUUUUCCGUGGUGACGGAGGCUGCGCCGCGCACCGCAGGGUCCGCUUCGACUUCUGGAUCCCAGCCUGCCACACCGAGCGCGCCUCCGCCUCCCUCGACAAGCAUCACCGCCACCCGCCGGUACUACGCCAACGACCGUGCCCUUUGGAUCACGGCAACGUGGUGUAACAUUCGUAAAAAUGUCUGA